AUGGAUGCAGUGCUCACCAAAGGUUACCAUCUCGCCUCCAACUUCACCCAGCUAGUCGCCGCAACGCCGCCUCCAGAGGUCGCCUUUGACUCGACUCAGUUUAUUCUGUCCGCAGCAGCACUAUCUCUUACCAUGGUAUCUCUCGAAGAACCUCGGCGCGUCGCCGAAAUUAUGCUUUCGUGGCUUGGCCUCGAUCUCGUCUCCCUUGUCGAGCUCCAGACCCUAUGGGCCGGCUAUGGACACAUCUGCGCCAUCUCUGCCCGGCCUUCUGAAUCUCCGAAUGGCAAUUUUAACGUAAAUGCCAUCUCCCCGACACUUCAACCAGACGCGGAAGGGUCUUAUCGUCUCAUUCUCAAGCUCAUCUCACCACCCCGCGCUAAAGCCGGCGAUGAAGGGCACCUGCGGAAGAUGCUUAGCUACGAGGUCGAGCAGUACUUUUACUCUGAGGUUGCUCCACGGCUCGGUGAUGAUGUCGCAGUCGCCAAAUGCCUCGCCUCAACGCAAGAUCUGAAGGGGAAGCCCCGCGCCAAAGAGCUUCAGGCAUUGACGGCCACCAUCAUUACCGACCUGCGUCCGCAAUUCCCCGUCGCAGGUGAAAAGAGAUUGGUUCUGAACCGCCUUCAGGUGAAGGCGGCAUUAGAUUGGCUCGCCAGGUAUCAUGGAAUCUCUUGGGCUUCGUUGCCGGAUGACCUCAACCAGUUCCUGCUGCCCCCGCUCGAGGAAGCGGAGCGCCGGGAAUCAGGUCAGGCACCUACCAGUCCCAAGCUAUGGCUUAACGGAGGUUACACAUAUCUUGCUACGCGGCGGAAGGAGUACAGUUCAUUAUGCCGAGAUGAAUAUUCAGAGUGGUCCGCCGCCUUUUGCGAACCUCUUGAUGGCUCAACCAAGUCCAUUGCCGAGUUGGUGGCUGAUUUUCUUACGCCAUCCGGGAGGCCCUUCGAGACAUACAUCCAUGGUGACGUCAAGUCCGAGAAUCUCUUCACAACCCAAGCAGGGGAUAAAGUCGCUUUCUUCGACUUCCAGUACGCCGGACUGGGUUUGGGGGUUUGUGACCUGGCCAAACUGUUUACAUGCUCAGUUCCUCUCGAAAUGCUCACUCACCACGAGGAUAUACCAGACCAGCUGAGAAUGGAUAAAGGCGAGAAGGCCUUGAUUGAAAACUACCGGGAGACUCUCCUGAGGGAGAAGCCUCUUGGGAAGGGUCCUUCGCAGUAUGAUUGGGAUGUUUUUAUCCGCCACUGGGAGACUGCGCUUGUUGAUUGGUGUCGUUUCCAGGCAUCCUGGGGCUUUUGGGGAAACACAGAAUGGCUGGAGGCGAGAGUUAGGUCCAUUCUGGCCGAUGAGGACUGGAAAACGUGGUUGAUGGAAGAGGUGACGAAACGAUAG